UUCGCAUGUCCUGGAUCUUUUUAAAACGAGGACAAAACGUUAGCCUACUUUUUGUCAACGUCGUAUCCUGGUUCGUCCUGACAAGUUUUGUGACAUAUCGAGUUUGUGCGGAUCAUUUAUCAACUUAUAUUUUACUUAUUGUCUUAGUCAUGGCUCAAGAAUAUUUAACUGAAGAAGUAUUUGAUAGCUUUUUUGAAAGCAAGGAAGAUGGGGUAAUAGAACAGCUUACUGGAGGAAGUGCGGACUGUUCAAGAGAGGCUCAACCUAUUGCCGCCACUUUGAUUGACAUUUCAAAACAGUUUGAGGGUACACUGCAGAGAGCUCAGACCAGAGAAAUCGCAGAAGAGGUGUCCCGACAGUCGGUGAGUCCCUCUGACAUGAGAGACAUCAUCCACUCGGUGGUGAAGGGCUCCAAGUUCGUGAAAGAAGCCAUUCUCGUCGUCUUCCAUUUCUCCUAUGACACGUUGAAGUGUAAGUCAGGGUCAAGGUGGGAGAGGGUCCGCAACUUUUUCUCAGCCUGUAAGAACACCGUCUCCAAUGUCAUCACUAAAGUCGUCAACUUCGCUAAAGGAUGGAUGCCUGCUCUAAAAUUUGUCAUAAAACUGGCUUUGUUUAUUGCUAGUUUUUUUUAGAUAACUUCAUGUGUCCAGAUUUACAAUUUUCAAACUGUAGGUAGUGGUUCAAUCAAUAACAUUUUGGUUUAAGCUGAUUAUUUCUUUAAA